GAUGAAUAGGGUAAGCCUAGCUGGACAAGCAGCAAGGAAACUUGCCAUACAGUGCAUCAAAUGGGAAGCUAUGCAGUUUUCUCAGAUGGUUAAACUCCGUCAGUUUUCAAAUGCACAGUCUGAGGUCUGCUUUGGAUACUCUUGAACGAGGUGAUGGUUUUCUGCGUGUGUCACUCCCCCAAAAAGCCUGUAUUCCCUUUUGCAGGUUUGCAUCAUAUAUAACUCUGUGUGUUGGGACAAGAACAAAAAACUGAUUAUAGAAAGCUAAGGAAAUGAAAACAUUCGAUAAGAAGAAUUCAAGUAGUCUGAAGAGCAGGUGUUCCUCGACUGGUAUCAAAACUUGGAUUUUCAUUCCAGUUUUCCAUCUGAUUACGGUGACUGGAGCAGUGACAUUGGCUUCAUUCGGAACAGUCACUAAUGUAGCUGUUGGAGACCAAGUCUGGUUCCCUGUAAAUGGCCAGCUUGAAGCUCAGAGUGAAAUUACAUUUUCUUACAAAACUCCAUUCGAUACUAAAAUUGCAUCAUGGACAAAGGAUAUAUCAGAGACAACACAUUCUAUACACCCACUCUAUAAAGAAAGAGUGAAAUUGAAUCAGAACGGCUUUGUGCAGUUGGACAAAGUGCAGGUCAACGACUCUGGAGUUUAUGAAACUCUAUUUGACUACCUUGAUACAAAGAUACAAACAAGCAAUAAAACAGAUUUUGAAUUGGGUGUGUUUGAACUAGUUUCCCAGCCUGUGGUGGUGAUUGCUGUGAACUGUUCGCCUCUGAAUAUCACUCUGAGAUGCUCUGUCUCCAAUGGAACUAACGUCACAUUUUAUUGGGAAAAACGCCACCUAUCCGGAAUUGUCAAUGACACGUAUGAUGGGAAUGUACUAGUAAUAGACAGUGUGAGAGAAAAUUGUCAACACGAGUACAGGUGCAUAGCAGAGAACCCGGUCAGUAAAAGAACGAGCGAUCUGAUGAAAAUAGAGAAGUGUAAACGGAACGAGGACAAAGGUGAGCUGUUACGAUGGAUUGCUCUUGCCAUUGGUGCAUUGUUUUUAUUAUUAAUAAUAAUUUGGAUUUCAACAAUGUAUUUCUGCUGUAAAAGAAGAAAAACUGCCAAUGAAACAAUACCAAAGAACAAGGAAGGAAAUGCUACCAAGGAAUAUCCAUUUAUUGAACCCACAUAUUCUACAAGAAUUGGUUAAAAAAGUACAUUCUGAUUAUUCCAUUGACAGCAAACUUUUGCAUCAGAUGAGGACAGGCUUUUAGAGCAACCAUCUGGAAAAAAUGACAUGGAUCAGAAUAAAUGAACCCUUGAAUCAAUGUGCAUUCACAGUGGCUAUUUCUCCCCAGGACUCUGUCAACAAAGGAAUAGUGGUGCUAAGUGAAGCAAAAGGAUUGCACGUCGUUUGUGCAGCUUUAUUGUUACAUCAAACAAAGCAAUACAAUUACACAACAAGUUCCAGGUUGGCACCAAACACCGAUAAACACAACAAAAACAUAUUCAUUGGACAGAGGUUACAUUAGAUUUUUGCAUCUCCACCAAGUUUCUGGACUUCCAACAAUGAUCAAGGUAAAUUUAUUACAUUUGUCCUGAUUACUGUUGACCUUGGCUGAAUCCUGUUUUACCACCUAAUGGAUAUUUUGCAAUACACUGUAUACACUGUCCUUAUAUAAUCUGGCUUCAAUCUUGAAACCAAAUGCAGAAAAGAUCUAGGUAUAAGUUGCAAAGCCUGAGCAAUAAAUAGACUCAAAUUUCAUCUACCACAAGACCAAAUAUAUACUCAUUUUCUUACCCUUAUAUCCGACCCAGAUCACGUCUGCUAACAUUACUUCACGGAUUUCAUCUUUGCAUUAUUAGCCUACAUUUCACAGUAGAAGUCUCAUGAUAAGCCACUGUAUUAAAUGCUAUUAUUAUAAUAAUAAAUACC